AUGGCCAGCAUCAGCUCCAACACUACUACUGCAACGCCAACCUGUGCUCUUGCUGCUGAUGAUGGGCGACGGAAAGCAGACUUCCAUGCAAGUGUGUGGGGGGACUUCUUCAUUACCCAUGUCUUCAGUGACCAAGAGACCGUAAAUGGGUGGAUCGCGGGGAUAGAAGCGUUGAAGAAAGAGGUUAAGGCGAUGUUGAUGACAUCAACUCCGACGCUGCGGGAAAAGCUGCAUCUGAUCGAUGUGGUGGAGCGGCUGGGCAUUGGUUACCAUUUCGAAGCAGAGAUUGAGGAGCUGCUCCAACAGGUUCAUGAUGGCACGAUACUGGAAGAAGCCGUGGGAUUCGCAGGAGGCCAACUUCGUAACUACUCCAAGACGUUGUUGUUGCAGGUGGCGGAUGCCGGCGGCGAUAAUCUGGUGUCGAAACGAAUUGAUCAUGUGUUGGAAAGGCCUCUGCGUAAAGGCGCUGACAGGCAUGAACAGCUCUUCUUCAUCACGGCAUACGAGCAAGACAAAGGUCACAGCCAAAUCCUGCUCAAACUGGCCAAGCUGAGUUGGAACCACGUGCAGAGCAUAUACCAACAAGAAAUUAGGGCCAUUAGCCAGUGGUGGGUUGAGCUGGACUUCGUCACAAGGCUGAAAUUUUCUAGAGACAGGCUGGUCGAGAUAUACUUUUGGGCGAUAGGAAGCAUGUGGGAACCCAAAUUGGCUCUUUCCAGAUACUUCAUAACGAAAAUCACCAUACUUAUAUCCGUCACCGAUGACAUGUAUGACGCACAUGGACAACUCGAUGAACUCGAGUUGUUUACCUCUACUGUCGAGAGAUGGGACACGAGCAUGAAAGAUCUCCCGGAAUACAUGAGAAUAUGUUAUGAGGCGAUUAUUGAUGCGGUGGGUGAAAUAGCCACAAUUACUUCCGCAGAAGGAAGACACUACUGCGAGGGCUACAUGAAGGAGGCGGAGAAGUACCUGGUGCGAUCUUACAUUGAACAAGCAAGAUGGUUCGUCGUAGGGAAAGUGCCGACGGUAGAGGAAUACCGGCGCGUCGGUAUUCAUUCCUCAGCUUACCCGCCGUUGGCAUGCGCAGCGCUCUGCGGUUUGGGCGAAAAGGCACCAAAGGAGGCGUUCGAUUGGUUGUUGUCGAACUCCAAGAUCUUUGUAGCUGUAUCUGAUCACUGUCGCCUCAUGGAUGACGUCGUAUCUCACCAGUUCGAACAAAAGAGAGGACACGAGCCUUCGGUAGUGGAGUGCUUUAUGAAGCAGUACGAGGUGCCGAGAAAUAAAGCAGUGGAAGCAGUUAACAAAAUGGUGGAGGAUGACUGGAAGGACAUCAAUAAAGAGUGUCUGAUCGACCAGCCAAGUUUCGUCUCUAAGGAAAUUGUUUCAAUGCUGGUUGGGUUUGCAAAGGUGAUGGAAGUACUCUACACGGAUUACGAUAGCUACACCUUCUCCGAUACCACCACCAAGGAUAUGGUGACGGCUCUUCUCGUCACUCCUAUGAUAAUAUAA